AUGGAGUCAGAUUUGAAUAAGCCAAUUUCCAGGCCAUCUUUUUUUACGUCUGUUGAGAUGUCUCCAAGAAUUGGCUCGCUGGAUGUGACUGACAUUAAGAGAAAUCUCUAUGAAGACUUUUCCUGCACUGCUGAUAUAAGCCAGAGAGAGAGCUUGGAAUCCAGGGAACGUAUUUAUGUUUGCCUUCGCAUUAGACCCUUUAUGCAAUCAGAAGAAGAGAUUGAGUCUCAGGGCUGCAUUUCUGUUCUUGACUCGACAAGCAUUAUAUUAAAAGCCCCCAAGAGCUCUAUGGUGUUUCGCCUUAGUGAAAAAAACUUGGGACAGAUGCUACAGAAAUUCACCUUUUCUCAGGUUUUUGCCCCUGAAACCACUCAAGAGGAGUUCUUUGAGGGUACCAUGAAGCAGCUGGUACAAGACUUCCUGAGGGGACGUAGUCGCCUGGUGUUCACCUAUGGGGUCACAAAUUCAGGGAAAACAUACACCUAUCAAGGCACAGAAGAUGAUGCUGGUAUUCUCCCAAGGGCGUUGGAUAUGUUGUUUAGAAACAUUCAAGGCACAGUGUAUCCCAAAAUGGACUUCAAACCCCAUCGUUGUCGAGACCAUAGAAAGUUGAGUGAAGAAGAAGUGAGAGAAGAAAUGCUUCUCAAGAACUCGCUGCUUCGUCUUGUGAAAGAGGUAGAGUAUCAAACUGGCAUGAAUGGAAAUGAUAACAGAACUUCUGAUCAAUCCGAAGAAGUGGAACAACCUAGCAGGGCUGAGGAGAACAGUGUCAAGUUUUCUGUCUGGGUGUCAUUUUGUGAAAUUUACAAUGAAUGCAUUUAUGACUUGCUGCUCCCAAUGACCAACGAUAAGAGAAGAAGGAUGCUGCGCCUUGCACAGGACAUAAAAGGGUGUUCAUACGUCAAAGAUCUACAGUGGAUCCAGGUGUCAGAUGCUAAAGAAGCCUUUAAACUUGUGAAACUAGGCCUUAAGAAUCAAAGUUUUGCUUCUACAAAACUGAAUGCUAACUCCAGUAGGAGCCACAGCAUCUUCUCUGUGAAAAUGCUUAAAAUAGAUUCUGAAGGAACUCAUGUUGUCCAAGUCACUGAGUUAUUUCUCUGUGACCUGGCUGGCUCGGAACGCUGCACCAGAACCCGCAAUGAAGGGGAGAGAUUAAAAGAGAGUGGGAAUAUUAAUGCUUCGUUGCUUAUUCUAGGCAAAUGCAUCAGUGCCCUCAAGACUAAUCAGCAGUCUAAGUUGCAGCAGCACAUACCUUUUCGUGAAAGUAAGCUAACUCACUUCUUCCAAGGCUUCUUCAGCGGUAAAGGGAAAGUAUGCAUGAUAGUCAACAUCAGCCCGAGUGCCUCUACAUAUGAUGAGACGCUCAACGUGCUGAAGUUUUCAGCAAUUGCUCAGAAAGUCAUUGUCCUUGACUCUUCCAAUUCUCCCCAAGAACAAUCAUGUGACCAGAGGUCUAUCAGAGAAGAAUUGGAAACUGAUGUGGAAGCAGAGGUGUGUGUUCCUCUUAAAAGAUCAACUAUACUUUGGGAGAGGACUCUGGAAGACGUGAUUGAAGAUGAAGAAGAGUUGCCGGUUGCCAGCAGUGGGGUGGAGGAGAUACACUGUGUGGAUAAAAACAUUCUCAAGGGGACAGAGCCUGAGGUAGUGGAAGAAACAUCGAGCCCAGCAGCAGAUGAAGAUGAUGAUGUAGUCAUCAUUAGGCAAGAAGAAUAUCAGAAACUUCUCAAUAUAAUAGAGGCUCUGAAAAACAAACUGAUCAAUGAAAAAAAAGAGAAGCUAUUUAUGGAGUUAAGAAUCCGUGAAGAAGUCGCCCAGGAGUAUACUCAACAUUUUGCCGAAAAUGAAAAAAACCUCAAGACACUGGUUGCCCGUACGCAAGAGUUAAUGGAAGACAGCUGUGAGGGACGGAUGCAGAUUUACAAGGACCUUGUGAAGGAAUGUGUAUUUUUGGCAAACGAUGGAGGAGGAGUGGCAGAAGAGUCGCACUCCGAUGAGCAGGACAGACCUCAGGGAGAUGAAGCCAGAGAUCUGGGAAAUUCUGCUGAUUUUCUCUGCAUGGUAGAGUCGCUACAACAUAACGUCUCUGAUAUCAAGCAGCUGGCAGAAAUGGUGAUGGGGCUACUUAAUGCUUUGGAAGACCCUCCGCAAAUCGUUGAGCAUCUGGAAAAACAAUUGACUGAAGUUACAGCUGAGUUAUCUAAAAUCCAAGGGGAGCUCUUGGGCAGGAAUGAAGAGAUGAAAAUGCAGGAGAAAAAACUGAGUGAAUCUGCUCAAGUUCUUCAAGAGGCUACUGAGAAAAUGGUUCUACAGAAUAAACGAAUACAAGAGCUAACACAAAUUGUGGAGCAAAAGGACAGUGAAAUAAGCAAAUUGAAAGAUCUGAUCGCUCAUUUGGAAAGUAUCAUAAAAGAUUCUGAGAAUACAAUUGCUACUGUUAAACAACAAAUGGAACAGGAGAACCAGAACCAGAAAGCAACCUGCACCCAUUCUAGUGAAUCACUAGAGAAACAUCUGGAUACUGGGAGGAAACGAUGUUUGGAAAGGGAGGAGGAGGAAGGCCCCCCUACAAAACAAGGAUCUCUUAAUUACAAUUCUAAAGAUGCCAUAGAGAUGAAGAAACCUGACGAAAUUCAACCAUGUCCUUUUGAGGAAGAGAAAGAAAUGGUGGAACUGGAAGAAAAAACUAAAGUGCUAGAAAUUGACUUUGCUGCACUUGGAGAGGAGUUAGAGAAUGAAAAAAGCAAGAGUGAGGGCUUGGCUAAAGAAGUUGCUAAUUUGUCUCAGGCACUUUCUUCUUCAGAGGAACAAGCUUCUAGCUUGAGAAAGGAACUGCACCAACAGCAGGCCAACAGUGAUGAAAUAACAUCUGAGUUAGCUGGCCUGAAACAGCUAAAUAAAGAACAAGAGGAAAAGAUACAGGUACUGCUUAAAAAAUUAGAGACUGUGAGCCAAAUGAUUGCAGAAAAAAAAUCAAAAAUAAAAGCAGUUGAGGUAAAAAUAGAUGAGUUAAGUAGAUGGGGCUCAAAUGGCCCUAUAGAAGAAGCUGAUUUGUCAAAUCUGGAGGAGAUGGAGCUUUCAAAAGAUGGGAACAAAGACAUUCGAGUUCUCCGUCGAAAAAGCUCAUUUCACUGUAGUAUCGAAAGUAUCUGGGAAGUGAGCAAACACAUCAUUACUGUUUCUUCUCAGAAGAGCAGUCAGAUUGAAGAUCUCCAACAACAAGUAGAACAAUUGCAAAGGAGGACCAUGGAUCUCGAAGAAGAGAAGUCUCUGUUGAGCGAGGUUUUGAGUCAAACAGAAGAAUCUUUGAAGAAAAAGGAGCAUCUCCUCGGUCAGUUGCAACACGAAAAUGCUGUCUAUUCUGAGAAAUAUAGAACAGAGGAGAAGAAAGCUGUUGGUUAUCUUGAGAAAAUAAAAAAUCUUGAUGACCUCUUGAAACAGUGUAAAGCAAAAGAGGCCAAUAUAGCUGCUUUGGAACAAGCACUUAAAGAGAAAGAAUCUGCUGUUCUAGUUGCAGAAAGAGAAGUACGUGAGCUGCAAGGGAAACUUGCUGUUUCAGAAUCUAAAAUCAAAAACUUAAAUGAUCAGGAACUGCAACUCAAGAAAGAAGUUCAAGAGCUGAAGAAUAAUAUGAGAAAUGUUGAACUUCUGGAAAAGGAUAGAGAGGAAUCCAAGCAAGCUAUGGUGCAGUUGAAGAAAGAUCUCCUGGAAAGCACUGCUUUUUCCUCCCACUUGCAAGUAGAAGUCCAGCGGAAAGAAGAAGAAUACACAGACCUGAAAGAAAAGUUGGCUGAUGCCAAAAAGCAGAUAGAGCAAGUUCAGAGAGAGGUGUGCACUAUGCGUACCGAAGAGAAAUUACUGCGGAACAGAGUGAGUGAACUUGAAAAAUCCAAAAACCAGCUGACUGAAGAGCUAGAAAUCAAACAGCGAACAAUCCAGCAGUUUAAAAAGGAAGAACUUAAUAAGAAGCUGGAGGAUAUUUUACAGCAAUACCAGAAAGCAUGUAAAGAUCUCUGUUCCAAGGAGAAGAUCAUUGAAGAUAUGAAACUGACUUUAGAGGAGCAAGAACAGACUCAGUUGGAACAAGAUGAAGUACUUGAGGCCAGGAUAAAAGACUCGGAAAGAUUAGUGGUUGAGCUGGAAGGAUGGAAAAAGAGGUACCAUGAACUAGAGAAGCAAAGCAGUGAUUCAGGGCAGCAAAAUGCUAAUGCAGAUUGUGAAAAAACUGCUGGGCCACCUAGCGAAGAACUGGAAAGACUGAAAGAGAAACUGAAGGAGUGUGAAGAAAAACAUCAAAUGGAUCGUAAAAACUGGUUGAAAGAAAAAAUGGACCUUAUAACUCAGGCAAAAGAAGCAGAGACUCAUCGUAACAGAGAGAUGAAAAGAUUUGCCAGAGAUCGAGAACAUCAUGCGAAACAGCUAGUAGAAGCAGAAAAGCUUGUGGCAGAAAAAGAGAAUGACCUUCAAAAAUGGCGUGCUGAGAGAGAUCAACUGGUGGCAGCUUUGGAAGUCCAGCUUAGCUCCUUGAUUUCUAGUAAUGCUCAAAAAGAUGCUGAAAUAGAAGAACUAAAAAAGACUGCAUUGAAAGCGCCCACACAGGAUCAUGAAACUGCCCUAAAGGAACUUAAAAGGCAGUUGGCUGAGAGAGACAUCAUUAUCCAAGAAUUAAGGCAAAGUUGUUGUGUGAACUCUAAAACCACGAUGUCACCUAUACUAGUAGAAGCUGAGGCAAAUAAAGUGGAAAAUCUCCAUACCUGUAAAGAGCUUAAAGCAAAGCAAAUUGAGCCAGUAAAUUGCGAUCAUACUGGGGAUGCCAAUUUACCGCUACAGAGUUCUAGUCGGGUAUCUCCAGUAGAAGACAUUCAGGACCAGUCAGAAAUCAUCCUAGAUUCUUGUGAAGUGUCUUCAGAGAAUGACAAAACUAGCCGCUUUCCAAAGCCUGAAAUGGAGAUUCACUUUACGCCUUUGCAACCAAAUAAGAUGGAAGUGAAACAUCAAGGCAGUCGUUCCAUGGUGACUAUCAAAGUGCCCAAGGCAAGGAAAAGAAAGAGCAGUGCAAUGGAUGAGGAGGACGUGAAGAAUGAAAAUGAGAAGAAUGCUGAAUUCCGAGGAAAUGGUUCAACCAACAGACAAAAGAAAAAGGCUGAUCCAUCUCUUAUGAAAAAUUAUUCCCUGAGAAGUAAGCAUUUUGCUGCAAGUGUAACAUCACCUGGAAACAAAGGUGGAUCCUUACAGAAAUUUGGCUUUUUCUUGCAGAGCUCUCCUACGAUCAUUCAUUCCAAAGCAAAGAAAUUGAUGGCAACAAUAAAAUCUCCGAAAUCUACAGAGGAGGAGUCUGUUAAAGAAAAUGAUCCAAAGCCGAAGCGAGCCAAGCGAAGGCUGUAUAGCACUGACAUUUCUUCCCCGAUAGAGUUUUCAGGACAUGUGAUUGUUAUGGAUCAAAAGGAAAGUGACCAUGAUAUCAUCAAGCGCCGGCUCCGAACAAAGAGAACGUAAUCCACCCCCCACCCCCCAUGCACACACUCCACAGAAUCAUGUGUUUAAUUUAAAAUCUUGGUGGUGGAAUUCCAGAACACAGCUCUUCCAAAGUGGAUGAAAGCGAGUGUUGAUUGAAAAAGUGUUUUUUACUACAUGUAUAUAGUUCCCUCUGUUUCAUGUUCCCAACAUUUCUGUGUAGAUUUUCUUUAUUGUACUGCAGUCUGCUAAAACAGAAGAGAUUAAAUGUAUUACUACACACCACUUUGCUUUCAGACUAGUAAUUAUAUAAGACGAUCUCUGGAGGCAAUAAUACAUAGAACAAUGUGUCCCACAACUACAAUUGUGCUCAAUACCUAUUUUAAAGUUUAUCAUGGUAUAGUAUUCAGCAUCUUCAGUCACUGUUUUCACUGUGUUAUUUUUUAAAACUUUCUAGAUCUUAAGACUGUGGUGGCAGGCUUUCAAAUGUGCAAGCCAUGCCAGAUGAAUUCUUGAAUGUCAAAGGGAGCAGGGUUGUGAUCUUACAUAGGCCUUGGGCUUAGGUACUGGCUGUUCCAAGGAACUGGUGCCCAUGUUAGAGUGGUUCCUCAGUGGAACAGGCUUCCUUGGGAGGUGGUGAGCUCUCCUUGAAGGCAUAUAAGAAGAGGCUAGA